CUCCCAUCUCCACAACCACCGCCCAUCCGCAAGCAACAAUGCCGCCCAAACCCGCCCCCACCCCGCCCCCAAAAUCUAAACCCCAACCCUCCCCCGUCAAAAACGCAUACCUCCUCGCCUACAACGCCGUCUCCGCCGCACUAUGGGCAGGCGUCUUGUACAAGACCCUCUCCAUUGGCGGGGCAGAAGUGCUCCGUGCCGGGGAGAGCAACGCCCUGGGCCUUGGGGGAAGUAAUGGGCUGGAGCAGGUGAAGAAGGGGCUGGGGAGUGGGGUUGUGUAUGGGUCGUUGGAGGAGUAUACGCGCCUGGUGCAGAGUCUGGCUGGGUUGGAGGUGCUGCAUAGUCUUUUUGGCGUCGUGCGCGCUCCCCUCCUCACCACCCUCAUGCAGGUCGCCAGCCGCUACCUGCUCGUCUGGGGCAUCGCAUACAAUUUCCCGUCCACGACGCAGUAUAGCCCCGCGUACACGGGCAUGCUGACCGCGUGGAGUAUCACCGAGGUUGUGCGGUACACGUAUUUUGUGUUUGGGCUCGCGGGCGUGGGCGUGCCGCGGGUGUGGACGUGGUUGAGAUACAACACGUUCCUCCCCCUCUACCCCCUCGGGGUCGCAAGCGAGUGCUGGCUCGUGUAUAGCGCUAUCCCGGCUGCGAGUAAGAUCGAUGAGAAGCUGGGGUUUGCGCUGUGGGGCGUGCUGGCUACGUAUGUACCGGGGUUUUACGUCCUGUUUACGCAUAUGCUUAAGCAGAGGCGUAGGGUGCAGAGGGCGGGGUGGACUGUGUAGGGGGGUUGGGGUGUAAGAGAAUGGGAGAGGAAGUGUUUGAGAUGGCUUGGUGAUGAUAUUGGAUUUAGCUCAAUGGUGGAUAGGGCGGAGAUGCGAUUUGGGACUCAGGGGUGGAAAGACACAAAUGAUAGAGCGCACGACUUAAAACAACAGAUUGGAGACCAACUCUCUCUAAUUUCUCGCUAUGUAUAAUUAUCCCGCCAUGGACUUUUCUUCCUCACCUCCGCCG